UCCUUCUUCCUUCAACCCUCUCCAACACACAUCCUAUUAUUUUAUUUACCUCCUUCUUUAACUUUCCUUCCUUCCUCACCCACAUUCCCACUUCUCCUUUCUCUCAACCCUGGUGGUCGAGAGCUAACACCAUGUGCUCCGAAACAACCUCGCCAAGGAUAUCGUUUUCCCACUAUCUCCUCGGCGAGGGCGGCCUGCCGAUCGAGCACAGGCUGCCGGACAUAACAUUGCUGGAUUCAAAUCUAGACUUCAAGUUCAGCAUCAGCAUAGAACAUGAAUCUUCCACUGCAGAUGAGCUGUUCAGCAAUGGAAUCAUCCUUCCCAUCAAAGAUGAAUCCCAUAAGGCAUCUCAUCCUUUUGAGGUUCCUUUCACAGCCUCACUCCCUCCUCUCCCUCCCAAACAGAAUUCAAAGCACACACUCAAGAAAAUCAGAGUGGUAAAUGAUUCAUCUUCUUCACAUCAGUUAGAACAGAGAGAUGCAGAGUCCAAAUCCUUUUGGGGAUCCAAAAGAAGUAGCAGUAUCAACUUUGAAGGUAAAAGAACAUCUCUUUGCCCUCUCCCGCUUUUAUCACGAAGCAUUUCAACUGGGUCAGACUCAAAUCCAAAGUCCAAAAAGCACAAAGAUUCACAGAAGCAAAUUUCUCAGAAGCAGUACUCAACAUCGAUGAGAAAGUCAUCAUCACCGCCGCCGCCGCCGCCGUCAUUAAAUCAAUAUCCAACAAAUGUAAGGCCUCAGAUGUGCAAGAAUCCAGGAGGGGUUUAUGGCAAUUACCAUUACAUUGGGUCUGUGUUGAAUGUGCCGCCAAAGUUCUUCGGUUUUGGUUCACUUCUGCUAUGUGGGAUAGACAGAAAGAGUAAGAAAUGAUCUGUUCUUCAUUUUCUAUUUCAUUUUUUUCUUCUUCUUCUUCUGAGUUCAAUCUAUGGGUGGCUUUUCCA